CUAGAAUUCGAAACUUUUCCGUCAAAAUUUUCCAUAAAAAUGGAUUUAAAAAUGAUUGGAAUAAGUGUCAUCCUCCUCGGAGUUGUCACACCACCAGAAACUCACGCAGCGAUUAGACGAAUGGCAUCUGCUCCUGCCAGUUGCGGUCGUUUCGCCAACGCGACCACGCGCCGUAAUGCUCGCAUAGUUGGGGGGUCAGAGUGCUUCGAAGGAGAGUUUCCCUGGAUGGUCAGCUUCAAGAAUGAACUCGGACACUUUUGCGGAGGUUUCGUAAUUGCUGACCGUUACGUCCUCUCUGCGGCGCAUUGCUUCCUCACCCACCAUGGGAAGAAGAGGGAGGACGAAGUGUCCGCGACCAUUGGGGAAUUCAGUCUCCGCACACCGGAAAAGACGAAAGAUAUCCCAGUUCCAAUCGAAGAGAUCAUUCUGCACCCCGGAUACACGCCAAACAGUCGUGAAUUUGAUAUAGCAAUUAUCAAAUUGAAGGAAAGUGUGUACAUUCAUCCCAGCGUGGAACCGAUCUGUCUGCCAGCUCCGAAAACACGGGAAGAGGCGCAGUUUCAGCUAGCGACACGGUCAACCGUAACGACCGCGGGGUGGGGGAAGACGUCCUUCGACCAAUCAUAUCACGACUGGUUAAAGGAGACCGAUUUCCUGCGGAAAGUCGAAGUAAAUUUGUGGGACACUGAAGAAUGUCGAACUUUGUACAAGUCCUUUAACAACUUUCCAUCUAAUAGUUUUAUCUGCGCCGGUGUGAAAGGAAGCCAGAGUUGUGUGGGUGAUAGUGGUUCUCCUUUGAUGCAUUUGGAAUCUUCACGAUGGGUCGCGAUAGGAAUUGUGUCUGUGGGUCAACAAUGUGGCGCAAAGGGGCGUCCCUCGGUUUACACAGAUUUGGCUGAUUACGUCCCGUGGAUUAGAGAAAUUAUUCCUUCUUAACAGAUUAUUUAACUAAUGGGCCUCCUCAGACACACGAAAAAAUCGUCGCUUCGAAUUUCGCUUUGUUUUUCGCGUAUCGAUAGCAUUGCCAAAAUUAUGAAAAUUGCAAAAUUUUGUUGAGACUUCAACUAACCGACCUUAACCCCACUUCUGAGUGGAGUUUUUGGUCGCUUAUCCGAGAGCUCGCUUAUCAUGAAGUAAGCGAAAAACGAAGCGAAAUUCUAAGCGACGAUAUUUUCGUGUGUCUGAGGAGGCCCAAUAUAAAUUAUUUAAAUUAUUUAUUUACUUAAAUUAAUUAAUCGUUAUAUAUUUUUGUACCGCACUAGUCUCUAAAUCUAUUUCGCUACAUAUUUGGUGAGUAGGCACGCACGGAAUAAGACGCAUUUUAAUCCUACGACCUUGAGCCAAUGAAUCAAUCUAUGCUUUCGAUUUGACUGGUACACGAUACGCAAUUCCAUUCAGAAAAGGGCUCUGCAAAUCAUGUUAGUAAGUAAUUCCUGCCAGUGUUUCAUCAUUAAAUGUAUUAUAUUUUACCAGUAUGAACCAAGACCACCAAAUAAAAAUCGUUACUUGAUAUUAUGUA